AUUUUGCACAACAUGGACUCAGGUACGCUAACUAGGUGACUUAGAUUAGUUCCUUCACAGAAUAUGGGAUGAAUUUAAAGAAUACAGUGGAUACUUUCCGCUGUCGACCAUUAGUUCAAAGUCAGUCAGAAUCUGUUUUCUGGUAGUGUUUAAGCAGAGUAGUCUACACGACAGCUGCUGCCUUGUUGUUCUCGGCUUGAAACGUAAAAUGUGUGACUGGGACAGGUGAGAGAGAUGCAACAUGGGCAGGAAUGGACCAAAGUGUGACUCCAGGAAGCCAAAGCCUCAGAUAUCAUGUCACAAAGCAGCCUGCAUCAACUCCGUCGCCCGGAGCUGAGCCACCGGUCGAGUGUGUGUGAAAGGGGACCCUGCCAGCCUCCAUGGCUCACUCGUCAGACCCAUCCCGCAGGGACAAGACCCCCGGGACCCAAGGGUCACACACGGCUACACGCAACCUCUUACGGAAGAAGGAGCAGCGCCGACGUGGAAUCCGAUCCUCCUCACCCAUGGGCCGGGUCAUCCUCAUCAACUCUCCUGUGGAUGGUGGAGAUGACAGCGAGGACCUCCAUACGAUCACGGUGGAUAAAAGUGCAGAUGGCAAGCUCGGCUUCAGCGUGCGUGGAGGCUCCGAACACGGCCUCAGCAUCUUUGUCAGUAAGGUGGAGGACAACAGUACAGCAGAGCAAGCAGGCCUGCUUGUAGGUGAUAAACUGGUGGAGGUGAAUGGUAUCAGCCUGGAGAGCAUCACGAUGAGCAGCGCUGUGAAGGUCCUGACAGGCAACAACAGGCUGAGGAUGGUGUUAAGACGUGUUGGCAAAGUCCCCGGCAUCCGCUACUCCAAGGAGAAAACUACCUGGGUGGACUUGAUACACAGGCGUAUGGUGGUGGAGGAGAGCGGACGGACACCUUCUGAGACCAGCUCCGGAAGUGCCCUCCAAAGGAUCGUCCACCUUUACACCACCUCAGACGACUACUGUUUGGGCUUCAACAUCCGUGGGGGAAAGGAGUUUGGUCUGGGCAUCUAUGUCUCCAAACUGGAUCCUGGUGGUCUGGCUGAGCAGAAUGGAAUAAAGAUGGGGGACCAGAUCCUGGCUGCCAAUGGAGUGAGCUUUGAGGACAUCAGCCACAGCAGUGCUGUGGAGGUGCUGAAGAGCCACACACACGUCAUGCUGACCAUCAAGGAAGCAGGACGAUACCCUGCUUAUAAGGAGAUGGUGGCAGAAUACAGGUGGCUUAAUAAGCUGGCCAAUGGUAGUCAGAAAUCUUCCUCCCAGGGUUCAGAAUCCAACUCCUCAGCCUCCUCUCUGUCGUCUGGCACUCCGGUCAGCUCUCUGAGCGGCCUGUCGCAGGUCAUGUUCCCUCCCAGCCUGCCGUUUGGUUCAGACAUGGUGGAUGUGUGCAUUUCUACUGAGGACCAGAGGUCUGAGUCAGAGCAAACUGAGACUGCAAUCCAGACCGACCUUCCUUCUCAGAGGAUGGGUGCAGACACCACUCGCAGCCUGGGACAAACCACUCUGCUCAAAGACACGGUGAUCCGUGCAGAGGAGGACAGGGGGAGGAAAGAGUCCCCCAAGACAGCCGUGCUGCUGGCUCUCGGCAGACCGGCCAGGCCAAUCAGCAGGUCCCAGAGCCAAGUCACUGUGGCAGAGAUCAAGCAGAAGAAAGAGAAGAAGCAUAAAGGGAAGGACCCAGAGGAGAAGAGCACCCUGCAGCGCUCAAAGACCUUCGUCAACUUGCUAUUCAAGGGUGGACGCAAACGAGAUACUUCCAGGGGGCGCUCCAAGUCCCCGUCCACAGACAAGGCUGGAAAAGUGGGCCGACAAGUCAGUGCGAUGCCAAAUUCAGAGAUGCUUGGAGUGGUGGAGGACAUGGCCCACAGGCUGCUGACAGAAGAGGAGGAGGCUGCUGUGAUGAAGACGUGCCGAAGGUACAUCGCAGAGCGGUCAGUGGAGACCUUGAUACGCCACCUGCUGGCCGUGCUGGACAGACCUGAAAAGCUGCUCUUGCUAAGGGAAGUCCGGAUGCUGCUUCCCCCUUCUGACUUGAGUACAUUCAAUAACAUGGUGACCCCUAUCGAAGUCGAGGCCUAUGAUAUCCUCAAGUACCGCUCAAUCCGAACUCCUCCUCUUCGCUCUCCUACAUCUGGUCGAGCACCCAAACGACGCCUCAUCACUCCCGUUCCAGACUACAGGGGAGGCUUUGAGCUCCACAAUACAGAGGAGGUGGAGAAGGAGAGCCACCUACUGGAAGAGCUGGAGAAGCUCAGUCUGUCUGGGCCCCGGGGGUCCAAGGAGAGGCAUCACACCUCCAGGUCCUUCACCCCGCUGCUCGACAUACCGGUGGACGGAUAUAACACUGAGUCCAGAGACCUCAGACCCCCCUCUGCCGCCGCCGUGCUCCCCAACUGGUUGCUGGCCCGCAACGAUGAUUCCCGCCCUCCUCUCAGAACAGACAUUGGCACCAUUCGCUCCGUCCACUUUGACGAGGUUUCACUGCACUCAGCUUCAAGUAAGGGGGACACGACUUCAGAAAGAGGAAGGUCACCGUUUAGAAACGGCCACUCCAAAGGCAAAAAGGAGAAAAGUGGAGACAGGAAUAAAGAAACUGUGUUCACGCUGCAUAGUGCUGCUCGCCGGAGUCGGCCCUUGUUGUCGCAGGUUUUCAGUUCAACUCCAGAUCAACAAGUGGAGAGUGAACAGAUGAACGGCCACCAGGCUUCUUCUCAGAAUGGACUCAGUGGCUCCAACCGUGAACAGGAGUACAAGCUGAAAACUGUCAGCAUCUCCAAGACCAAACAGUCACUGGGCAUUAGUAUUUCUGGUGGGAUGGAGUCGAAGGUUCAGCCGGUGGUGAAGAUCGAGAAGAUCUUUCCAGGAGGAGCCGCAUCCACCUGUGAAGUACUCAAGGCUGGAUUUGAGUUGGUGUCUGUGGAUGGCGUUUCCCUGCAAGGAGUUACCCAUCAGCAUGCUGUCGACAUCAUCCGAAAAGCCUUCAGCAAUAAGGCCAAAGACCCCAUGUUGUUUGUGGUCAAAGUCUCUAAAAACCUUUGAAAGGAAACUUGAGACACUUAUCAUGAAUUUAGGAAAAAUGCCUGGUGAUUUAUCAGCCGCUGGGACAGACACGGAGACAAGAACUCCAACCUAAUCACACACUGAUGCUCUGAGGUCAGGUAUGUAAUUUUGCCAUUCAUGUUAAAGUUUGUUAAAGUUAGGAAUGAUGACAUGGACACUGUUGAGCAACUUGCUGAAAAAACCAAAUGGCCUAAGGCAGCAGAUCGAUUUACGAAGGAUUAAGCAAACACAGAUGCAGCAAAAGACAUUUACAGUAAAUUAAAUGUGUCCAGAAGGCUUGAAAUGAUGAAACAAUGGUGCUCCUGAUCUGAUGCCUUUAAUUUAUCACUUUCAUCACAUCCUAGGAGCCAAUACCUGUCAAGAAUAUUAUUUUCUUAAACAAAACCUUAGAUGUGUCAUCAGCAGUGUAUGUCUGUGCGUUUGAAUGUUUAAAUGUGCAGGAUGACAAACUGUAACCUGAGUGCCUUUUAAAAGUGGACUGAACAUAUAAAA